AUGCUGAGCCAAAGAGUGAAAACUCCAGGAAAGAAGGAGAGGAAAGGAGGAUGGCGUGAAGAAUGUGAAUCAUGUGUCACAAGGCCAGAUGAGCAGCCGAGUGUUUAUGAGAUUCAGUGCAGGGUGCGGUGGUGCUGUGAGGGCUCAGGAGGUAUGCCAGUGCCUGAGGUGGCAUCUGACACUGCCAGCGCUGCCACCAUGUUGAGCCCCGUCCUCAAUGCCUCCAACGGAGACGGCUCAGAGUCUGAAACCACCUCCGCCAUCCUCGCCUCCGUCAAGGAACAGGCAGCAUCGGACGACUACGAGUUUGAAGAUGGGGGUGUGGAUUCAGCAGAUGAGAAAUUUCGCUGGAACAACCAAGAUGGACAGAAGGACAUAGAAGAGGAGCUGACGACAGGCCUGGAGCUGGUGGACUCCUGCAUCCGAUCACUCCAGGAAUCAGGCAUCUUGGACUCCCAGGACACUUCUACAGGGGACAGACAAGGACUUCUGUCUCAAAGCGCUUUGCAGCUCAACAACCAGGAUGCUUAUGCAGCAGCUGGUUACCAUAGCAACCAAGGGCUGGCACUUGGGGAGUCAGUCACGGGCCGCAGCGGGCAGGUUGGAGGGGCUGUUCACAUCUACAACCAGGUGACAUCCAGCCGUGCAGCUGCCCAGUUAGCGGGAACAGACUCUCCCUCCCAGUCCCAGAGAGACUCAUUUGCCCAGCAGGCCCAUGGCAGCGCCUUCCACAUGCCCACUGACGGUGGACAUGCACCUGCUGGACCACCCAUGUAUUACUCCUGUGCCACUUUGCCUGCACAGCGUGUGAGCUCCCCUCUGCAGGCGGUAGGAUCCCCUACCAAGCUCCAGCGCCUGGGAUCAGCGUCCUCUGACAUGCCCAGCUACGCCACGCUACAGAGGGUGUCCUCGCCCAAACAGUCACCCAGCCGACUCGCCAAGUCCUACAGCACAUCAUCGCCCAUCAACAUGGUAGCAUCAGGUGCUGGCUCCUCCUCCCCUAUCCCCAUGGUAGCCUCCCCAGGAAACCACAGCUCAUCGCCCAUCCACCAGCUGAGCUCGGUGGUGGGCAGCUACGCCACCCUGUCGCCCACCAAACGUAUGCUGCAUCACAUUGGACCAGACAGCUACAAGAUUUCCCACGAGCUAUACGCCAACGCAACCUUGCAAAGGCCUGGUAGCCUGGCAGGUAGAGGCUCCAGAGGUUCCUACAGCAGCCAGCACAGUCACCUGGGCUCUGAGCUCCGACCUCUGCAGUCUCCUGAACACCACAUCGACCCAAUCUAUGAAGACAGAGUCUACACCAAACCCAACCUUAGAGGACAAGCCCCGCCUUCCCCCGGUGUCGACCCAAUCCCCUUGCAGCGAACGGGAAGCCAGAGCGCCACGGCCACCUUUCAAAGAGGCAGCUUCGCCACAGGAGGCGGGGCAGCUGACUACGCCAACCCGUACCGCACUCUGCAGUUCUGCCCAUCCACCGAGUCGCCUUACAGCAAGUCGGGCCCCGCCCUCCCCCCUGAGGCCGCCCUAGGCCGAUCUCCAUCAGUGGACAGUAUUCAGAAGGACCCAAGGGAGUUUGGCUGGAGGGAUCCAGAGCUGCCGGAGGUGAUCCAGAUGUUGCAGCAUCAGUUCCCAUCAGUACAGUCCAACGCUGCUGCCUACCUCCAGCACCUCUGCUUUGGAGACAACAAGAUCAAAUCUGAGAUCCGGCGGCAGGGUGGCAUCCAGCUGCUGGUGGACUUGUUAGACCACCGGAUGACCGAUGUGCACCGCAGCGCCUGCGGAGCCCUGAGGAACCUGGUGUACGGCAAAGCCAACGACGACAACAAGAUCGCCCUGAAGAACUGCGGGGGCAUACCGGCUCUGGUCCGACUGCUCCGGAAGACCACAGAUGUGGAAAUCCGAGAGCUGCUCACAGGUGUUUUGUGGAACCUGUCGUCAUGCGACGCCCUAAAGAUGCCCAUCAUCCAGGACGCCCUGGCUGUGCUGACCAACGCUGUGAUCAUCCCCCACUCGGGCUGGGACACCUCCCCACAUACGCAGGAGGACCGCAAGCUGCACCUACACUCCUCCCAGGUCCUCCGCAACGCCACAGGCUGCCUCCGGAAUGUAAGUUCUGCAGGCGAGGAGGCCCGGAGGAGGAUGAGGGAGUGUGAGGGUCUGACAGACGCUCUGCUCUACGUCAUCCAGACCGCUUUGGGGAGCAGUGAGAUUGACAGCAAGCACUGGCGGGGAUGCUGGGGCAAGAAGAAGAAGAAAAAGAAGGGACAUGACCAGUGGGACGGUGUCGGCCCAUUUCCAGACUUGGCGGAGCCCCCGAAAGGCAUCCAGAUGUUAUGGCACCCCACCAUCGUCAAGCCCUACCUCACACUGCUGUCUGAGUGCUCCAACCCAGACACCCUGGAGGGAGCAGCUGGGGCCCUGCAGAACCUAGCUGCUGGCAGCUGGAAGUGGUCGGUGUAUAUCCGGGCUGCAGUGCGUAAGGAGAAGGGCCUCCCUAUCCUGGUGGAGUUGCUGAGGAUAGACAACGACCGGGUGGUUUGUGCUGUGGCCACUGCGCUGAGAAACAUGGCUCUGGACAUCAGAAACAAGGAGCUCAUUGGUAAAUACGCCAUGAGGGACCUGGUGCACCGUUUGCCUGGGGGCAGCAACAACAACAACAGCAGCGGCGGCGGGGGAGUAGGAGGCGGCAACACCAGCAGCCUGGUGGGGAAGACCAUGUCGGACGAUACCAUCACGGCUAUCUGCUGCGCACUGCACGAGGUCAUCACCAAGAACAUGGAGAACACCAAGGCCCUGAGGGACGCCGGCGGCAUCGAGAAGCUCAUCGGCAUCGCCCGCAGCAAAGGAGACAAACAUAGUCCUAAAGUGGUAAAGGCAGCAUCUCAAGUCCUGAACAGCAUGUGGCAAUACAGAGACCUCCGCAGCCUCUACAAAAAGGAUGGCUAUUCCCAGUACCAUUUUGUCGGCUCUUCCUCCACGAUAGAGAGAGACAGGCAGCGACCUUAUUCUUCCUCUCGUACUCCGUCCAUCUCUCCCGUACGAACCUCCCCCAACAAUCGAUCAGCGAGUGCCCCUGCCUCCCCAAGGGAGAUGCUGGCGUUGAAGGAGAGGAAGGCAGAUUACGAGUCAACUGGCAAUGCCAGUUACCAUGGCAACAAGGGUGAACACACAUCCCGGAAGGACGCCAUGACCGGUCAAAUCUCCGGUGGGUCUUCCACACUACUCAGAGGAGCAUACGUGUCGCCUACUGAUGACCUGAAGUACAAUCAGGUCUCCUCUCAAGGCCUGCCUUCAGAACCCUACCCUCCUUUCCAAAAUCCUCCCCCUCCCGACAGCAGCAACUACGAGGACCAGGCCUUCUACGAGAACCAGGUUCACCCGGGAGGGCGCCCCCCGCAGGGCGACCUCAACAUGCACUUGCAGGGCCUCAAGUCCACCGGCAACUAUGUAGACUUCUACUCAGCCUCGCGGCCCUACAGCGAGCUCAACUAUGAGACCAGCCACUAUCCAGCUUCUCCGGACUCCUGGGUCUAAGGGGAGUCGAGGGUGGAGGAUUUGGAGGAGGAGUAGAGGAUGGAUGAAGGCAAAUGGGAUGGUGAAGGGGGUAGUUUAAAAAGUGGAGGAGAGAAGAUAAAAGGACAGCUUCCCUCCCUCCCCAUCCUCCCCUGUAGUUCCUGAGUAGCAUCAUAGGUAGCAGGAAGACGGAGGGGGAGGAUGGAGUGCAGGAAGAGAGACAUGAGGAGAUAUCUGAGACAUUACACUCCUUUCACAGACAUCUGAGGGGGGAAGGAGAGGGGGAAAAGAAGGAAAAGAAGUGAACGGACGAGCGGCCAUGCAUGUGCAUGCACACCACCAACAAAACCGACAGACACAUUUUCUUUCUGUGUUUAGUUUGUGAUCAACUACUGCUAGAAGGUUCCGCAGACAGAGCGAUGGCCUCCUGCACCUGAAGGCCUCUGGAUACAGAACGUAGGAGGGACGGACAUGAUGAAAGGAGAAGAGGGCAAAGAUAGAAAAAGAGGGGGAAAAUAUGUGGUGAUGAAGAAGGACAGUGAAAGAGAAGAAUGGAUCAGUGGACUCGAGGACGGAAGGUUUUGGAUUGUGAAUGGAACGUGUGAGAGAUACCCAGGAGAAACCUGUAAAUAUGUGGUAUAGCAACAUGGCUUUUAGUAAUGUGAAGCACAAGAGGCAGAGCUGUAGGACAUGUAGGACGUCUGUCACACAAACUUUUGUUUCUCUGUAUGGCUUCAGCGUGAUGUAUCCUCCUCUGGGCAAAGAACGCUUCUGGACUUUGUCAUUUGUAACAGGUUCUGUUUUUUUUCUUUUGUUGUGUUUCUACUUUUUUAAUUCUCGAUUCUGGUUGUAUAGUAUUUGAUGUACACUGUACAUUUACGAGAUGCAUUGUGUACUGUACAUUGCACUAUUUUCUGUGUCAUGUCAGGCCUUUCGCCACCUCACUUCCUCACUCACUUACCCACCCCCAAUACACACACACAAAUACACACACAGACUUUCAAAGUUCAUAUCACAGCUCCAGAUGGAUAUCAAUGAUUCGCUACUGUGAAACACUGGAUAUGAAUUGGGUAUUGAAGCAUCAAUUCUGGUAGGUCACGGUGCUCCUUUUACUGCCCUACAGAUAGUUUUCACACAAUAGCUGACAGUACAGCUGCCAAAGUAAAACAGUCGAGCAGCCUUUUCCGUGACAUUUUUUUUUAGGCUAGCUUUGGUUUUUUGGUGGCUAUCUUUCCACAUUAACACCUCAGAUCCCCAUUUCGUUCUCAUGAGCCCCUCCUUUGAGUGAACUGUGCUCAUUGUGUAUAUAACCGUGCCAAACAAGGGUUACUUCCCCCCAGCUGAAGAAGGCAGGGGGGACAGUUAGGGGCGUGUUAAAGGGUCCAAGUUCAGCUGAAGCUCUCAGCAGAACAUCCUUGCGGUUCUAACGAUGCCAGUUUGUAAAUGCUUUGGUUUUUCUAAACUGUGUUUUACUGGGAUGAAAACUGUCUAACUGCACCGGGACUGGGGAGAAAAACAUAAAAAGAAAAAAAAACAAAAGGAAAAAAAAACCCAUGCGACCAGGCGGAGCAUCGCUUCCUCCAAAGUUGUACAAAUUUAGUUGAUUUCUGUGUUGUAAAAUAAUCAAUGUUUGAAGUAUAAAAAAAAAAAAAAACUUUUCUGAGAGAUGGGUGGCAAUUCUAACUUCAUGGUAGACAAAACUGUUAAUAGAGUACGGAUAUAUAUUAUAUAAAUAUAAAUAUAUACUUUUUAUGUGCAGAUGUGGAUGUCACUUAUAGCAGCAACAUUAUGGAAAAAGACUUGUAAAAAAAAAACAGCUACAUGUAGGAAUUUUGUUCACACUUUAUUUUCUGGUCAACACACUAAAUUGUCGACUUUGUGUAGUAAUGUUGUUGCUAUGUGGAGUAGAGUAGACCAGGGCCCAGGGAUCCACGUUGUCACUGAAGCAGUCUAAAAAGGUGCUACAUCCGUGAGAAGUAUUUCCAACAUGUCUGUAUUUUAACUGUGCACAAAAUAUUUGUUCUCAUUUGCAUCGAUAGCAAACUAUUGAUUAUCAGCCGCGAGUUCCGAUCAUGUCACAGGGGACUGUUUUAAACCACAUAACAAAGAACAAUCAGCUGUUCAUGAAAACCCUCAAAAUCAAUUGGUAUCAUGAUGCUAAACAGCAAAUUGAACCCAUGAACGCAUGAGUAUUUGUUGUCAGUGAAUCAGGAACUAAAUGAGUGAUUUAUUGUUUUGUUUUUGUUUUUUCGUUUUUUUGUAAGAAAGGCAAAAUUGUAAACAGACCCUGGUUCUCCCUACCCACUGCUGUUUAGAAGUUCUAAAGGUCAUCUUAUGAUGCUUGAAAAAUGACUCAUAAUGCAACUGUCCCCACGAAAACACUGGAUGAAAAACAGACGAACUGUAUUUGUUAGUGAGCAUCUGGAAACUGACAACGUUAUGUAUGUCCUUGUGAUCCUUAGGCAGAAAAAUCCUGACUAUAAGACCUGUAUGGAGAUAUUACGUCGGUAACCUUUUUGUUGCUAGACCAAACGUGUUUUAAAAAGAGAAUUGUGAAUCUUUCUAUUGCCUCAAACAGAUUGCAACUGCUCCAAAAAAUAUAAACGGACCAUCGAAGAACCUCUGACUGUGAGAGUUGUUUGUUCUGUUGCCAGGAGAGUGUCUUUGUGGUAUUUCAUCAUGCUAAAACCAGGUUUUUUAAAAAUCACAGAUUUUUACAGUAUUCCUAACACUUACCAUGAGCUUUUACUUUGAAAUCCUACUUUCCCUGCAACCUUUAUUUUCCUCUCCCUCAGUACAGUCUGCAAGUCUCCUGUGUGUGCAUGGGGAAAAUGUUUGAAAGAUAACCUAAUGUGCUUGAGACCCAGUAAACACAGUGUCUAUUUCA